AUGCCGGUAGUUAUCGUGUAUGCCAGUGAUUGGGCGAUAUCCGCCUCGUUGACGCAAGAACACGACGGGAUCUAUCUUCCGUUGAAUUACAAUGUGACUGAGAAGGAGGUGUUGGCAUUGCUGAGGAUCUUGGAUCUCUACUACAAUUUGCUAGUAGGACGCGAGGUCCGGGUCCUGACGAGACAUUCUACGUUGGCCUGGCUGUUCAAGUCGACGGGAUUGCAGGAUCGCCUAGGACAAUUGUCCGCCCUCCUGGUCCCGUGGACGCUCGAGAUCACGAAGUGCGGCGAGGACGAAAUACUGAGGGCGAUCGCGGCCAGCAUCACGCCGAUGGCGAAGAUAGACGGUGCUCUGACCGAAAUCGCUUCGCGGAAGAAACCUAAACGCCGGAUCCAAGCACCGAUACCCACUGUAGAUCGAGACGAGGAACUAUGGGUGAUCAGCUUUGACGGAUCCGCUCGAGUUAAGCGUGGUGGGGGCGCGUUCAGCGCGAUCGUGUGGAGUCUGCCCGGAUGGGAGGUGGUCAAGGCCAAGUCAGGCUAUCUCGAGAGCCUCAUCGUGAACGAAGCCGAGUAUAACAGCCUGAUCCUGGGACUCGACAUGCUAGAGAGCUUAGAUAGCCGACGUCUGGUGGUCUGCGGGGAUUCCAACCUGGUGAUCCGACAAGUACGGGGUGAGAUCGACUGCAAAGCACCCGGACGGACGCUAUUGAAGCGGAAGGCUCUCGAUCGCCUGAGGAAAUGGAGUGAUCAUGAGUUGGUGCACGUCAAGAGGGACUGA